UCGGGCAGAAGUGCACCUCUUCUACACUAAUAUUUAGCUUUUCACUAAAGAUGGGCUCAUUGUAAAAGAAGGCGAAAACAUGCCAAAGUCAGCGAAGAAGUCGUGCACCACCCAGACCUCCAUCAGCAGGUACUUCGGAGCGCCGAGCAGCAGCACUCCCUGCGGGAUUAAUCCAAAUCCUGCUGGCCAAAAGCUUCCAAGAGGAAAGCAGAAGCUCUCUGAUCACGAUGCACGUGGACUGGCGGCAAAACGAGUCAAACUCUCUGUGCAAGAUCAGCAGCUGGAGGACCUGCAGCCUGAGACUGCAUCCUGUCAGGCUGCUAAAGGGUCAAGCCUGACAUCAGGCCCAAAGGCAGGCGGCCUCUCCUCCUCCACCUUACAGAAGCUGAAAGGCUUCACCUGCUCUGCCGAGCCAGGUGUCCGGCGCACCGAUGCCCUGAACCAAAUAGAUGGUGCUCCCAGUGAAGUGUGUGGCCAAGCAGGCGGAGAUGGGAGUCCUUGUGGUGCUCUCGAUCAACGCAAACUCACAAACCGACUGGAGCAGGCUGAGGAGGAGCAUGACGGUAGAAAAGAGGAUGUCAACAAGAGGGAUGUUUCACCAAAACAGGAGUUCUGCUUGUCCCAAUUUGCUAAAUCAGGAGGAGGAAGUGAAAGGGGUGAAGAGCUGAGUUCUACGUCAGACUCCGGCGCCCCCUCCAAACGGAUGAAGAGUGCUUACACACCCCUGGAACAACAGGUCAUCCAGCUAAAGCAGCAGCAUAAGGAUGCCUUGUUGGCUGUGGAGUGUGGAUAUAAAUACAGGUUCUUUGGCGAGGAUGCAGAGAUCGCUGCGAAGGAGCUGAAUAUCUACUGUCACCUGGAUCAUAACUUCAUGACGUGCAGCAUCCCCACGCAUCGCCUGUUUGUUCACGUCAGACGCCUGGUGUCUCAUGGACACAAGGUUGGUGUGGUAAAGCAGACGGAGACAUCUGCGCUCAAGGCCUCAGGAGCCAAUAAGAACACUCUGUUUACUCGUCAGCUCAGUGCCCUGUACACCAAGUCCACUCUGGUCGGAGAGGAUGUAAACCCCGUCUCCAGACUUGGGGAUGUGGAGAAUGGGAGCUGUGGUGAUAUAGUGCCGGACCCCCCGGAGAGCUUCCUGCUGUGUAUUAGUGAGAACUGGGACAAGCUGAAGAAGCAGCUCACUGUGGGGAUGGUGGCGGUUCAGCCCAGCACAGGAGACGUCUUACUGGACUGUUUUCCCGAUGGUCCUUCCCGCUCUGAGCUGGAAAGCCGCGUCCUGAAGAUCAACCCUGUGGAGAUCCUGGUGCCCACGGAUCUUUCUGAGCAGACCCUCAGACUCCUGCGCAGCAUUGCAAAUGCCAGCGCUCAGGCCGACGACCGGGUGAGGCUGGAGCAGAGAGACGGCGCUCAGUUUGAGUUCACAUCUGCAAUGAACACAGUCACCAAGUUCUACUGCGAUUCCGAGGAGACAGGCUCUCGCUCCCUGUCGAGCGUGGCGUCCUUCGAGAGCCCGGUGAUCUGCUGUCUGGGGCCGCUAAUCCAUUACCUCCAGGAGUUCAACUUAGAGAGAGUUCUUCAGAGCGAAAGUUCAUUUCGUCGUCUGUCGAGCGAGUUGGGAGGUUUGGUCCUCAGUGCCGCCACUCUCAGGAACCUGGAAAUACUCAACAACCAGACAGAUGGCAGCGUGAAGGGAAGUCUGCUGUGGGUGUUGGACCACACUCGCACGCCGUUUGGGAGGAGACUGAUGAGGAAAUGGGUGAGCCAGCCGCUCACAGAUCCGCAGUCUAUCUCCGAGAGGCAGGAUGCUGUGCAGGAAAUUCUCCAAUCUGACUCUUCCACUUUAAACUCGGUCAGAUCUCUGCUGUCACGUUUGCCCGACUUGGAGAGAGGCAUCUGCAGCAUAUACCACAAAAAGUCGUCAACACAGGAGUUCUUCCUCAUCAGCAGCAGCCUUUCUCGCUUGGGGCUGGAGCUGCAGACCCUGCUCCCAGCCGUCCGGUCUCAGAUCCGCUCGGCGCUGCUUCAGAGCGUCUUGCUGGACACUCCUGACCUGCUGGAUCCGGUCCACGGCUUCCUCAAGGUGCUCAAUGAGAAAGCAGCCAAGGUGGGUAAUAAGACGGAGCUGUUCACGGAUCUCUCAGGCUUCCCGGUGCUGCAGGAACGAACGGAGCAAAUCCAGACUGUCCUCAAGGAAAUUCAAGACCACCGAAAAGACAUCCGGCUGACGCUGAAGGCCCCCGCACUCGACUACACCACCGUCUCUGGACAGGAGUUUCUGAUUGAGGUGAAAAACUCGCUGUCGUCCACCGUUCCAGCUGACUGGGUCAAAAUCAGCAGCACCAAGGCAGUGAGCAGGUAUCAUUCUCCAUUUGUGGCGAACCGCCACAAAAAGCUGCUGCAGCUCAGAGAGCAGCUGCUGCUCGACUGCCAGAGGGAGUGGACCAAUUUUCUGGAUCAGUUUGGGCAGCACUACCACACCAUGAAAAAGGCUAUUAGUCACCUAGCAACCGUGGACUGUCUCUUUUCACUGGCUGAGGUGGCGAAACAGGGGGACUACUGCAGGCCAGAGGUGUCUGAAACCCAGAGUCAGAUUGUGAUCAGGGACGGCAGACAUCCUGCUAUUGACCUGCUGAUGGGAGAACAAAGCCAGUAUGUGCCCAACCACACUGAACUGCAGGGUGACGGCAGGAGGACGAUGAUCAUCACUGGGCCCAACAUGGGGGGGAAGAGCUCCUACAUCCGCCAAGUGGCCCUCAUCUGUGUCAUGGCUCAGAUGGGCUCCUACGUCCCCGCCUCAGAGGCCCGUCUCGGCAUACUGGACGGCGUUUACACCAGGAUGGGAGCUUCAGACAACAUCUACAAGGGCCGCAGUACGUUCAUGGAGGAGCUGACGGAGGCCUCGGAGAUCAUCUCUCGAGCAACGCAACGCUCGCUGGUCAUUCUCGAUGAGCUGGGACGCGGCACAAGCACCCACGAUGGGAUCGCCAUCGCCUAUGCCACCCUGGAAUAUUUCAUCAGAGAUGUGAAAGCCCUGACCCUGUUUGUGACCCAUUACCCUCCUCUGUGCGAGCUGGAGCGCGUCUACCCUGAACAUGUGUCUAAUUACCACAUGGCUUUCCUCCUCAGUGAGCCUGACGUCCCCGCUGACGCCGAUGAUGGCGAGGUUCAGCCGGAGUUCAUCACCUUCCUCUACCAGCUAACCGAAGGAGCUGCAGGACGCAGCUACGGCCUGAACGUCGCCCGGCUGGCUGAUAUUCCAGAUCCCAUCCUGCACACUGCCGCCCGCAAAGCACGGGAGCUGGAGACCUUGGUCAAUGCCAGGAGGAAGAAUAAGAAACUUCUCUCAGACCUUUGGAGCGUCUCCGAUCGAUCAUCCCUCGAGGCGUGGCUGCAGUCAAACUGUUGACGUCGGAGACGCCGUCACAACACACACACACACACACACACACACACACACACACACACACACACACACACACACACACACACACACACACACACACACACACUGUCGUAAAUUCAGCUGCCAGUGGAUGGAUGUUCUCAGAACAAUUACCACACCCACAAACACCCAUCACGGUGCGCCGAGUGUUGGUUGGUGUGUGUGUACGUUUUGCAAGUGCGCAUGAAUUAUGUGUGUGAAGAGAGCUUGAUCAUUCUCAGGUUGUGAUUAUUACCUUCAUCUGUUCAGUAAUCUAAUUGUAUUACUUUUAAUUGUUGGCUCUUAAUCAAGUGUGGUGAUUCCUAAAUAAAAGAAUGAAGCCAGUCACAUUUGUUGCUCCU